AUGGCGGAGACCGACGCGCUACUGCAUCAGCGGUCGGCGGCUAUACCACUGCAAUCUCCAAACAAUUGCAGCGCCACCUGCAAACAUCUAGAAAAUCUCCUCAGGUAUUUCUCAUUUUCUUUCUUCCAUUGUAUUUCCAUUUUCGUUGUUAGAGUAAAAAAUUGUUAUAUUCUGAAUCGAUUUGUUAAUUACACACGAAAUAAUAACAAAAAGUGUUUAUUGUUUAUAUAUAAAUAUGCCUAUUUAGUGACAGUUAGUGUUCUAAAGACAGUAAAUUACGUCAAGAAGAGAAAGAAGAUUACGGUUUCAAUUUUACCGAGAAUUUUAAAACACUAGUGACAGUGAUACCAAUCAACGAAAAGAAAAUUGUAGAAGCAGCUUAAACUUCCGAGAAGGGGUGAAACAUUUCGGACGUUCUAUAUUAGUUUUUUUUUU